AUGUCAUACGCGUUUCAGAGUCCCAGGGCACAAGUUUCUUCGACCUUGCCACAUAUCAACGACAAUUAUCCUCACGAUCCCUACUCUGCCGAUUCGCUGCAGCCCUACGAUCCUCCUUCGUCUCGACCGGAUCACGACGAGUAUCGUGACGAGGUGGGUGAGAGCCACGACAGCAAUCCGUCGCGUACACUGCAUCGGGACUACGAGCAAGACUACGGCAAUCACUAUAACCACCUCCGCGCUGGCGCUGGUGAGAUGGACAACUACAACAUGGGCGCGGAAAAGGCCAACUCUGGCAGCCCGUACGCUGCCAAGCGUGCGAGUGGCAAUUCGAUCUGGACCAAGGACGACAAGCGUGCGUUCCAGUCGCGCAGCUGUCCUGCCAAGCUGUGUAGGAUCCUGAUAGGCAAUCUGAUCCUCGCCAUCAUCCUUGUGGUUUCCAUCAUCUGCCUGCUCGCCUUGUUCGUCCGACCACCCAACAUCGCCAUCUCGGGUAUAGGUGUACCCAGCCAGAACGGCGUCAACUAUCAGAAUGGUGCUUUCUCAUUCAACGUCAGCAUCGACAUCUCGGUCAGCAACCCCAACUCGAUCUCGGCCAACAUCAAAAAGCUCCAAGCGACAGCGUACGAUUCGGAGGACCAGUCGACGGCGCUCGGCCACGGCCUAGUAACCGACCAGGCAAUCCGAGCCAACGCCAACACGACGGUCGAGUUUCCAUUCCAGAUCAAGUACAACCAAAGCGAGGAUCCGAAUGGCAGCCUGAUUCGAAACAUUGCCUCGGACUGCAGACUCGAUUUGACUGGUGGAUCGAGUAUCGGCUCGGGUGAUUUGAGCUUCCUGUUCAAGAUCGAGGUGGAUGUUGAAGUGCUCAGCAUCACGGUGCCCGUCAACUUUAACCGCAAUGUUUCGUUCCCGUGCCCACUGUCCGGAGUCAACUUGCAAAAUAUACUGAGCGGAUUGGGUAGCGUAUUGGGCAACGCACUUGGUGUGGGUGGAAGUCGUCGUGCCAUUUCGGAUGGCGCCGAGGCGGAUCAAAGUGUAGCAGCUGGCUUGGCUCGCAGACAGCUUGCCAAGAGGGAUGUAAUCGACAUGGCUACGUGGCAGCGCGAGGUGAAUGCCAUUGAUCUGGUCGCUGCGGCAGCUGAUGGUUUGAUCCGACGCUAUGCGCCGCUGUCGAACGACGAGGACAAGCGCUCGCUUGCGAGUGAGCACGAUGCUCUGUGA